AUGGCAGGUGAAAUACUACCUUCACACGGUGAUAUCCGUGUUGAUGAUACGCCUUUACGACAAUUAGGCGGUAAGGCAUUGGGCAGAAAAAUCGCCUAUCUACCGCAGAAUUUACCUGCGACCCACGCAUUUACCGUGGAAGAACUGGUGAUGUUGGGGCGUUACCCUUGGCAACGCUGGCUUAGUAAGCCCGUCCAAGCCGACCGAGAUAUUGUAGAACACAGUAUGCACCAAACCCAAAUUCAGCAUAAGGCGACACAGACGGUUGCAUCGUUGUCGGGUGGUGAGCGAGCAAGGGCGUGGCUUGCCAUGGCAUUAGCACAGCAAACCCGCUAUCUACUACUUGAUGAACUUUUAGCCCCAUUGGAUAUUGUCUAUCAAGUCGAAAUUUUACGUUUAUUACGUCAGUUGGCAAAAGAACGUGAAUUGGGCGUGGUAUUAAUUAUCCAUGAUAUCAAUCUGUCUGCUCAGUUUUGUGAUGAUAUCAUCGCCCUUAAAGACGGUAAGCUCUGUCAUCUUGGUAGCGUGCAAGAUACCAUGACCCAAGCGGUGCUUGAGUCGAUAUUUGGGGUGUCAUUACGCUUGAUUGACCACCCUGAACAUGACUACAAGGUGGCAAUCUUAUGA